CGUCGCUCAUUCAUUCUGCACAGCCAGUACGGUACGGAUUGUACGGACUUGAAGAUGGUCGAACCAUCUGGCGAACGGGUCGGAUUUCGUCUGAGCAAGAAAUGGAAGAGAUUCGUGAAGCCGUAUGCCCCGUUCAGGAGGGUUUAUAGGACCCCGUCAAAGUGUCCCGAGCACACGGUGCCAUACCUAAACCGAGAACAGCUAAUGUCCGUAUAAAAUCUGUAUCUUGUACAUAAUGCUAACCAGAUUCGGAUUACAGAAGCACGGGAUACUACCCGAACUCUACGCAAAACAGCGUGCCUGGCCAGAGGUCCUUUCAUGUGUUUCUUUUGGUCAAGGGUACCAUAUUAUUCAGCUCAAUAUUAUACGCCGCUUCUGAAUCCCUGGACGACAUUGUGGAAUUGGGACGGGAUCUCGCGUUCAUAAUAGCGUCGUUUUUCAUAUAUUUCAAGUAUAUAUAUUUCCUGCUGUAUGCCGAUAACGUGGACGAGGUAAUCGAUGGCCUCGAGGAGUGCUACCGUUGGGAGAGAGCGGGCCCGGCUGCUGCAGGAGUGCGAUCGGCAAAGCGCUUGCAUUAUCUGAUUGUCAUCGGAAUGCAAAUAAUUUGGGUGGUUUCCAUGAUCAUUUUUAUAGUGCUAUUAAUUUCGACGCCAUUUUUGACACAACAGGAGUUGCCGUUCCAUGCAGCCCAUUCGUUUUACUUGCACGAUCCUUUGAGGCAUCCGAGAAUACACAUUCUCAUCUACUUAUCACAAUCUUUCGACAUUCUAUACUACCUCACGUGGCUGACCGUUACCGAGGUCAUGUCCGUGUCCAUUUAAUCCCAGCUGACGACUGCGUUGAGUGUCCUGUGCGUUGAGCUUCGCCACCUCCACCAGUUCUGCGAUGGAGACGAGGAUCUGCUGCGAUGGGAGAUCCAUCGUCUGGUCAAAUAUCAUCAGAAGAUAAUCAAGUAGGAUCGUCCACUAAAGUAUCCCUUUUUCAGACUUGUGGUUCGAUGCAAUGAGGUAUUCCACGGUCCUUUAAUCAUGCAAAUGAUCGUCAACUUCUUGCUGGUCUCCCUGUCGGUCUCCGAGGCAAUGAUGGCCAGGCACGACCCCAAGGUGGCAGGCCAGUUCAUACUUCUAAUGAUCUUGGCCUUGUGUCACCUGUCGAUGUGGACGAAAUUCGGGGACAUGAUGUCGCAGGAGUCGCUGGAAGUGGCCGAGGCUGCAUACGAGGCAUACGACUCAAGUGUUGGGUCCAAGAAAAUCUAUUGGAAUAUUCGCUUUAUAAUUAUGCGUGCCCAGGAGCCAUUGAUCAUGAGAGCUACUCCCUUUCCCACUUUUAAUAUGAUUAACUACAAGGCCAUACUCAACCAGUGCUACGGAAUCCUCACGCUUCUGCUGAGUACUUUGGACUAGAAUAAUCUUUCACUUCUGAACAAGCUUAUAAUUCACUUAUGCUCGUAUGUGUAUCACCGAUUCCCACAUUAAACACACCCCUCCCUGGUAAUCUUUGCUCUUAUUUUGGUCGAUAGUGUAUCGAUAUCAACUAAAUCGGUUCCCUCGAACGAGGCUGCAUUUUAUGGCUGUUCUACCGUUGGCACAAGGACCACUUGAAAAUAUGGGUGUACCAAUGGGCUUUCCAAGUUGGACUGCC